CCUUGAAUAUAACACUGUAUUAGUCAUAUCCAUAAUAUAAAAUGUCUAUUGCGCCAAAGAUAGUUCAGUAUUGUGGCAUCUGUACUAUGCCCUUAGAAUAUUGUGAAUUUAGUGGAACUCAAGAGAAAUGUAAAUUGUGGUUAAAAGAAAAAGACGAAAAGUUAUACGAUGAAAUCUAUGGCGUCAAUGCUGUCACUGCAGGUAUGGAAAAAUCAAGUCUUGAUGAUGAGAAUCCAGAAAAGAAAGACAGAACUAUUGUUAAGGAUAAAUCAGCCAAAUUGGAAGCUAAAUUAGAACGUGAGAUUAAAAAGAAAAUGGCAUCUCGUGUAGUUAUUAAACGUAUUGAAAGAACUAAAAGAAAGAGUGUCACAACUAUUUUUGGCUUGGAAGUUUUUGGUGUUGAUUUGAAGAAGGCUGCUAAAAUGUUUGCUAAUAGAUUUGCUUGUGGUUCCUCUGUUGCAAAGAAUAAUCAGGGACAAGAUGAAAUUGUCGUUCAAGGCGAUUUUAGUGAUGAAUUAUACAAGAUAAUUUUGACAAACUGGCCCAAUGUUCCUGAAGAGAAUAUUGAUAGAGUUGAAGAAAAGAAAAAGAAAAAAGGUAGCGAUAGUUAAAUACAAUAUCAAUUUAGAAUAUAAUAAAAACAAGAUUUAUAUUUAUUAUAUGAUACAUGUA